UGUCAAGGGCGCCUGAGGAGCAUCUGUGACCUUCGCUUCGUACAUAUUUUCUCACAUCUUAGCAAUGGCGUUUUUCCUGCUUCUCUGGGGAACAUUAGGGACUGCAUUGGCUACUCCAACACAUCUCAAGCCAGGGGCACUCGUUGCGCCCUUGGGAACAGUGACCCUAGUGGAAGAUGCGUUGUUCGUCCGCUAUUCUUACUCCACUCUUCACUCAGUGCCGGGAGUCCUGAGGGGCGUUGCUUCAAGCUUAGCGGAGAUGGUUCGGCGAGUGGAGGUUGAACUCGCCGAACAGACAGACACACCAUCUUAUCCUCAUUCCACUUCUAUUCUCAACCUCCUAAAGACUCGCUUAACUUUUCUCUCUAACAAACUUGCUACCGCUACGUACGACUUUUCUAAACACCCAAUGCAUGCUCGGAACAAGCGAGGAUUGAUCAAUGCCUUCGGUAAAAUUUCCCAAACUCUCUUUGGUACAGCGAUGGAUGAGGAUGUACAGGAUUUACGUGAACGCUACAAUCAUCUUGUCAACAUUGCAACUACUAAUAGACGAGUCAUUAAUAUGCACAGUAAACACAUUGCUAGUCUGGAAUCACAUUUGAAAGAUCUCCUUGGCCAUACCAAUCACCUUCGUAGUGUACUUAACGAUGCAAUAGUUCGCAUAGCUGAAUUGACGGACUUUGUUCUCGUAGAUCAGUCACUGGAAGUUUUAGAAUCCGCUCUAGAUGCCAUGCUUUCCUAUAAUUCUGUCCUCAUCCAAAACCUUGUUAAUGCCAGCCGGGGUAUAGUAACUGCUGCUCUUUUCCCUGUCGCUGAUCUAAUCAAGACGCUUGACAUUGGACAGACUAUUUUCAAAUUACAACCUUUGUUUAACCGUGAUAUUGUGGAACAUUAUUAUCCCAUCUUAGAAACGGUUCUCACGCUUGAAGCUGUCGUCAUCUAUGUUCCUUUCAAAUCAAUGGACACCUUUCAUGCUUAUGAAAUCAUUCCUUUUCCAUUCUCUAUUAACACCUCUGUCCUAAUCCUAGACUUACCUCCUACUCUGGUUUUGAUUGCAAAGGAUUUUUCCGUGUAUACCACUACCUCAAGGGACUCGCUGAGUAGCUGCAUGUCAUCGUAUUUACACCGAUAUCACUGCGAUGCUACCCUUUUAUUUUUCGCCCCAUUGUAGGGAAUAUGUGCGAGGUCAUCCUUACUCGUGUUCACGCAGAGGAUGCUCUCUUAACUUGUCCCUAUAGACAUAUAGUUCCACAGGCCAUUUUUCAACAUCCGUUCCAUGGUUAUCAUUACUUCUUCCCAACUCCCAUCCCUCUCGCAGUUGUUUGUCCGAAUGGUACAAUGUAUGAGAGGGUUGUUGGUCAUCAUGCAGUUCACAAUUUUUGUCAUGUUACGUCUACUAAUCUGACCACCUAUCCUAAACGUCUCUACGA